CCAUCAUCCAGUCAAAAAUGAAAAUAUCAAAUCUGUCAUUACCACAUUGAGAGGAUUGGUGGUAGUCGUGUCCUCAGUUCCAUACCUGGAGUACUCUUUGCAGCCACAUGACGCCGUAAAUGCCUACGCGCUGUAGCUUUCUGUGAAGAUGGCGGACGGUGCAGUUGAAGCUGAGCCCGACUGGGCCGACCAGCUAUUGCAUACGGUCGAAGACUCAUUUCUAGUUAUGGAUAGUUUGCAAGCUACUCUACAGCGACUCGAAUUUGAUCUUCGUCAGAAAGAUAUUUCGGAAAACUCGUCCACCGAGUACUGCAAUAACUUCUGUCAGGUGCUGAUGCAUUACGCUGGGAGCAGGAACUCAGUAGAGCACGGAUUGCCACUGUUGGAGGUUUACUGUCUGUCCAUCAAUUGUUUUGCUGCUGCAAGACCACAUCUGACCUCCGAGUCAGACAGUGUGGCCCUUGUGUUGAAGCGACUUGCAUUGAGUUGCUUUGAGCUGCUGUUGUCUGUUCCUGUAAGUGAUGUCCCUUAUAAUACAUGGAUGCAAUUCCACCACUCUGUUCAGGUGGCUCAUGAUUCCUUGCUGCAGUAUGGUAGCACAGACUUGCAGGCUCUUCUCCAGAUCACACAAGCAGGUGGCCCAUGGAACCUGCCAAUCCUAAUUGACUUGCUUACUGGUCAACCAACAGAUCCUGAAGAGCUCUGUGCCUUCAUUGCCUUAGAAGGAGACGGCUUCAUGGAAAUGAGAAUCAAACAUCUAGAGAAACUUGGAGAAUUGGAUAAGGCCAUGAUCCUGAUGAAAGCCUGUGCAAAUUGCAUACUUCUUCCUAAUUACACCGGUUUCCGGCAAACCUUCGUGUCCCAGCUUUGCAAAAUGCUUCCCAAUGAUGAGGCAGUUUUAGAGAUUUCUAGACUUGAUGGCAAAGAUGUACUCGAUAUUAUUUGUAAUAUGGAGACAGAGGGUGAUGAAAAUUCUGCCCACAUUCUGUGCACCACCUACCUUACGUGGCAACUGCAGGAAGAGAGCCUUUACUGUUCUUGGGAACUUACGCUUUUGUGGAGUAAACUACAAAGAAGAACAGAUCCUUCAUUGGAAUCAUUUCUGGAGCGUUCCCUGCAAUUUGGUGCCAUUGCCAAAACAGCCUACCAUCUGCUCUUCCUUAUUCAGGUCGUCCAGACUGAGGCUUUACAGCUUGGAUUGCGAGUUUCAGUUGAACUUUGUGUCAAAGCGCUUCAACUCCCAAGUCAGGAAGACAACGACACAAGGACUGCUGUGUGCAAGACUGUGGCAUGUCUCCUGUCAGAAGAUCUGGAAGUACUCAGGGCUUGCCAGCUGACAGAGUUUUUACUAAAGCCCACUCUUGACUCCUUUACAACACUUGAGGAGCUCUACCAACAGCCUGAUCAGAAGUAUGACGAGGAGAAUGGCAUAAUUCCAAACUCACUGCGCUGUGAGCUGCUUCUUGCUCUCAAAGCAAUUUGGCCUUUUGAUCCGGAGUUCUGGGACUGGAAAACUCUUAAACACCACUGCAACAGGCUACUGGGUCUUCAACCGGAGAAAGAGGAGGAGGAGGAAACGACACAAGAGGUGGAUCCUCUUCUUGCAGCAAAGGACUUUAAAGAGAAGGAGGAGGAGAGAGAUCAAGGAGAUAAAAGUGAAAUAGAGAAAUUGAAAAGAGAAAAUGUGAAGAACUGUGAGUCAAGGAUCAGCAGCACUGGCCAUGAAGAUGAUGACCAAAAUGAAGAUGACUUCAAAUCAAAAGAGGGUCUGAGAUCACCUUCAAAGAAGAUAGUCAUGUCCGAGAGGAGCCUGCGGUGGCAGAAAUAUAAAUUCUGUUGUUUGAUAUGCAAAAAAGAGGUAAUUGAGGCCAGAUUCCUCCAUCAUUCCAAAAAACAUGAAGAGAAUGGGGUCUUCACCUGCCCUGUGUGUCUUCAAAAGUUCCAAGGAAAGCAAGAGUUUUCUCCCCAUAUCAGCACACACUCACAAAUGCCAGCCCGUGGGCGUAAUCCUCAGAAGAAGAAGAAAGUGAAAAAGAAGGUGGACUUGGAAAAGGAAAUGGAUGAGGAUGAAGUUGAUGACUUGGAACCUGGUGAGAUUGCAUUAGACCCAUCUAUAAGAAUGUACUAUGAGUCUACACAUGAUCCUGAUGUGCUGGAUCACAUUUUGGAGCAAGCUGCAGCUGUGCCCAGAAAACAGGCAGAUCAGGAUUACAUCACUUUUGACUACAUCAGCACUCACUUUGCAUUCCAGGACCGUGAGGUAUAUACCUGCCCUGCAACUAACUGCUCAAAGAACUUCAAGCUUGUAAAGUACCUGAGUAUGCACUUGAAAGACCACAAAGAUGGCGACCGUGACCCUAAUAUAAAACACUAUUUAGAAAUGAAAGACAAACGGGAAAAGUGCAGUUUCUGCCGCAAGCACUUCAUGACUGCCUACCACCACCGUAAGCAUAGACGAGUCCAUUUUGGUGAUCAGCCUUACAUGUGUAUAGUCACCGGAUGUGGAGCUCGAUUCAAUGCCAUCAAUAAACUUGUUGAGCACAAGCACAGCCAUGCUGUCCGGCUUGGGUACCAGUGUGAGCUUAAAGGAUGCAGCAUCUCCUUUUCUGAUCUUGGACAGCUUUACCACCAUGAAGCCCAGCACUUCCGUAAUGCUGCUUACCACUGCACCAGUCCGAGAUGUAAGAAGUUCUUCUACUCACGCAAAGAGUUUUUGAAGCACUUAGUUACACAUGGUAUCACAUUCACUGAGGAUGAUUUUGAGGCUCAAAGAGAGCGACAGCGUAAACUUGUGGAUGCUAUUUUAGAGGAAGACACCACCCCCAAAAUGCCUUGCAACUCAAAUGCAGCAGAAGUCAUCAAUGCUUUACAGAAAGACACAACAACAACCACAACAACAACAACAGCUUGUUCCUCGUCCCCAUGUCAGAAUGUGGACUGCAAGGAUUUUAAGGGCUCUCUGACAAAUGUGGCUGUUUGUUUCGAUGGGGAAAAAUUCACCUGCGGUUUUGAGAAGUGCCGCAAAACUUUCUCUAAAACUAAGGACAUUCAGAGGCACCUUAAAUGUGCACACCCAGAACAGGUGAAGAUAGAAAAAAAGGGAUGCAAGAAAGUGAACAAGGACAAGGGCUUAAAGACCGACAUCAAGACAGAUACAGGUGGUCAGGAUGUGAGAUUAUCAGUAAGCCCACUGCCUAGCCAUGAAACAGGUAUCCCAAGCACUCAAAUGCAUACUGAUCCCAUCACUACAUCUUCAACAAAUUCUGCCCCAAAAGACUCUUUGACCGAUAUCUUGCUAAGCCUUAGCAAGCUUAGCCUACAUUGCCCUUUUUCCAGAAAAGGUUUAUGCGAUCCAGUUCAUCCAGAAUCAGAUACACUGGUCACACCCUCAUCAUCUCCACCUGCCAACUCCUCUUCCAAAUUAACCUCUGAAAAGUCAGAAUCAAAACCAGGCCCGCCUGUUGAAACAAAGAAGCAGCAACUGAAAAACAAAUCAAAUGAUGGCAUUCCUGCCGAGACUCAACCUGAGACAUGCAAGAUGAGCAGCUUCCUCAUCCAACCCACAACAAAGCCUUAUACGUGUGAUAUUAAAGGCUGUAGUUAUCAAAGUGUUACUAGCCAGGCUUUAAAGCGUCAUUACCAGACCAAGCACAACAUCUCAGACGAAGAGGUGAAAGGGUUGGAGAAAUUUAAAGCCGAGUUCAAGUUCAAGCCAUUCAAGUGCCACCUCUGCCCCAAGGGCUAUAGAGAGAAGAAAGAGUUAAGGAGUCAUUAUAUGCAGAUGCACAAUAUAAGUGAGGCAGUGGUUGAUCAAAUGAGCUGCUCUGUAAAGAAAAGAGAUGAAAGCAAAGUCCAAGACUCGCCAAAAUCCAAAGUUAGUCUCAAGCUGAACUCUAAAAAAGACUCGGUAGAAGAAGACAAGACAACUGAUGUGCCUGUGUGGCGAUCUCGAUCACAAAGACGAAAAGGGUUAGCGUUAACAAAGCUUGAGUGUGAAAAUGAUCAGGCACCAGAGCAGAAGAGCCGUAAGUGUAAAGAUCUGCCAGCUUUGCAACACAAUCAUUGUGAGGAUGGGGUCACAAAAGAGGGAAGAGGCAGCCGGCGUCUAGUAGCGAAAAACAACCUCUGCUACAUCCUGACAAACUACCAUAAGCCCUUUCACUGUGUGCAUAAAGACUGCAACUCUGCAUUCACCAACCAGACUGGCCUGGUGCGGCACCUGCAGAUUGUACACCAUUAUAAGCGGUCACAGCUGAGUCUGGAAGGGGAACAAAAUGUGAAUCAAAAUGCUUGUGUGAAAAAGGAGCCAGCUGGACCAAAUCUCUUCUUUUGCAAGUACAAUGGAUGUGGGAAGCAUUUCCAUCACGCAGCAAGUCUGUAUAGGCAUAAUCGACGGGUGCACAGAAAGGUACCCUCAAGGGUUUUGCACACGUCAAGGCCUCUCAGCACAUUACAAAGAAGAGAACCUGUGUCAGAGGAGCCCAUCCCACGGUUUAAGUGCACAUAUGCCAACUGCAAUGCUAGUUAUCACCUAAAUAGCAGCUUGUUGCGUCACACAAAUAAUGAACAUUGCGACCAAAAUUCUCUGAGCCAGACUGCCCAGAAAUCACCAACCCCAUUAGUGCGUUGUAAUUUUGAGGGGUGCACUCGAGUUUUCUCCCAAAACUCAAACUACAGGAGACAUGUGUUCUACAGGCACUAUGAAUAUUAUGAGUCUGUUGUAGUACUUCAGAAUGCUAACAAAAAAGACAAGCCAACCAGUGGAUGCCAAAAGAAAUUGAUAACACAUUCCCCUAAGCUACCUCUGCGGCAUUCCUUGAGAUUCUGCCCAAAGCCCCAAGAAGUCAUUCAGUCUGAAGAAAGUACCGAGGAGAGUGUGGAAGAAUCAAUAAAUGAAAACGUGAAAAAGGAGAAGAGUCCAACACAAUCCUCUCUAAGUAGACGACCGCUAGUCUUCCGCAGUCACGAGGAAGCUUUGCAAAUGUGCCAAGAUCGCUGCUUGCCUGUAGCCUUUCCCUGCAUGGUGCAGGACUGUAAUACAGUUGUCACACUUUUAGGUAGCAUGCGCCGUCAUUACAGAAGAGUCCACAAAAUGUCAGAUUUUCGGAUCAACCUGAAGAAGGAUAAACUCGUCCUAAAUUCUGAACAACUAGAGGAGAUCAUACAAAAGAAAUCGGCAUUGGUUUGUCCUGACAUAGUAAGGUCACCCAGUGGAGUUCUUAAAAUGGAAUAUCAAGCGGAGCCUGACAAUCCAGGAGGUCCACCUCUUCCCAUGAGCCUUCACUCCAUCAAAACGGCUCAAAUGGAGGAGCGGGACAUAGUUGUAUUGUCAGAAAAGCCACCAUCUGACAGUAGUAUACUUGAUGCAGAUAACUUGCUGUAUGGAGAAACUCCGGGACACACUGAGGCGCUGCCCGAGGUUCAAAGCAGCCAUAGUCAAGAGAUCAGCCAACCACAAUCUCCGAACCCUCCUCCAGUCCAGGCCACUCUGGUAGACCUUUCUCCACCACCUUCUCUCAGAAUCAGUGUUGAUGAAGGGUUUGACUCAUCAGGCAAUGACAGUGGCAAAUCAACGAGAUUCCCUGCUACACCUGCACCUACUGUAACUGUGCCUAUAACUCCACCACGACAGCCUCUCAAAAGAAAAAAUGAGCUCACUGAGUCUGCACAACCUCUGUCUCCCUCCCUCAACUCAAAAGAUUUCUCAACUCUAAGCCCUGCCCAGAACACUUUUGAUUUGGCGACAUACAAGCCAAUGGGGUUUGAAUCCUCUUUCCUGAAGUUCAUUCAGGAAAGUAGGGAAAAAGAGGACAUUGAGCCAGUCCUGCCUGAGCCAUUUAAACGGCGUGAGUGUUGUCGCCGGAACUACUCUGUUAAAGAGAACAGUCAGAUGGGAUUUAGGAUCACCCGCAGCAGACUGGGGAGGGCGUCACCACUGAAGCCCUUACUCUCAGCCAGUGAAUUUCACUCUGUGGAAAACCUGCACUACAUCUUGGACCGUGCUCUGACAGGUUGUGGUGAUGAUCAGGCAAUCAAGCAGCUGCAGUACCUCAGACCUGUUGUGGUUCUAGAAAGAUCAAAAUUGUCCUAGGUCGACCUCUUGUCAUCUAAUAAUAAAUAAAUGAAUUUUCUGGUUAGUUUAAAACAUUUUGAAACUCUUCACCUUUCAUAGUAAGGAGCAUUCAUAUUUUUUGCAAAUGUAAUAUUUUGGUUCAAGUUAGUUGCCAAACUAUCACUUGGAUGUACCUUAAUUACUUUGAGAUGUGUGUAUGGAAAAAAGAAUUAUAAUAAAGACUGCCCAAAAGGAAAGCAUAUAUCUAAUCUGAGUGAUGUAUACAGCAUUUAGACUUGGACUUAUACUGCCGGAUAACCGAACUUGGCAUUUUAAAAACCCUACAGUAUAUGCCAUCUUGAGUGGUAUAACCACAACCGAGUUCUUAAACAAUAAUUUUAAAAGAUGGUUUCAACAUCUCUUGUGUUUUCAAUGAAUGUUUUCAAUCCUUACAUUAUGCUUCAAAAUGCAAGCAACAGCCAGGCUCCAUAAAGCUCUACACAGUGCUGGUGUGUAGUACAAUAUGGUGUUCUUGCGCUCUGUUUUUCACACAUGGCUGUUUGUCAAAAAAUGUUGGAUGUUUACUGCAUAUUGAUCCACCCUUGAAUGGAUAUUUGAGGUUUUAUCACACUUGGAGUGGAUGAUAGGUAUUCAUUUCAGAAUACAGUAUGCAUGGAGGUAAUGCAUUACUGAUUUUUUUAUAUAAAUAAAAAUAUACAUAUAUAUGUUAGUAGUCCAAAGUGUAGAUGAGGACUUUCUCAUAUCUCUGUAAAUUAUGUCUGGGGAAGUGGUUGAUUUUUGUAUAUUUCAGUAUUCAAAAUAAACAAUUCUGUGAAAUUGUC